UAAGAACCCCAAUCAAAGUUUAUACCAGCCAGCACAAGCAAGAGACCCUGUAAAAAUGUCGAAGACCGAGUAUUACUCAGAGGAAGAGGAGUUCCAGUGCCCUCUCUGCAUGGAAGAGAUGGAUCUAUCUGAUAGGAAUUUCAGACCAUGCCCUUGUGGUUAUCAGAUUUGUCGAUUUUGCUGGCAUCAUAUUCAAGAGAAUUUGAAUGGACUUUGUCCUGCUUGUCGUAGAGUAUAUUCUGAACAAACUAUUGAAUUUAAGCCCAUAUCAGCUGAAGAGUUAGCGCGGAUCAAGAAUGAAAAGAAGCAAAGAGAGCGUGAAAAAAAGGAACUUGAAGCGAUGAAUAGAAAACAUCUGUCUAACAUGAGAGUGGUUCAAAAAAACCUGGUUUACGUAAUUGGACUAAGCCCGAAGAUUGCGAAUGAGGAGAUACUACGAUCUCAUGACUAUUUUGGCCAAUACGGUAAGAUCGCCAAAAUUGUCGUAAAUCGUCGAAAUCCUCCAGCAUCGACUGUCCCCAGCACACCUCCACCCCAGCCUAGCGUUGGGGUUUAUAUCACAUACGUACGAAAAGAAGACGCAGCAAGAGCAAUAGCAGCUGUGGAUGGCAGCAAUUCGGACGGCAAAGUGUUGAGGGCAUCAUACGGUACAACAAAAUAUUGCACAUAUUAUUUGCGCAGUAUGGUCUGCCAAAAUCCAAAUUGCAUGUAUUUACACGAACCGGGUGAAGAAGCAGAUAGUUACACUAAAGAAGAUUUGGCUUCUGAACAUGCAAGCACCGAAGCACAUAAAAUACAAUUAGGUCGACCACCAUCAUCAGGACCGACCUCAGUGUUUCCUCCGCCACAUUCUACUCAACAGCAUACUAUUAAAAAAGCUGAACCUCCACCACACCGAAUAGUCGGACCAGAAAGUGAUAGAGGAAGUAACGACGAGAGGGAAGAGGCAUCAGCGUUACCUCCAACUGCAUCUUGGGCCACUAAACCAUCAAGUACCGAAACUACGCCAAUAUUACAUAAUCAGCAACUACCUACAUCACAACUACCACAUUCAGUACAGCUCCCUUUGUUGCAAUCGUCACAGAAUUCCUCAUUCACACAUACAUCAAAUUCACAACAGUCCUCUCCCACACCAUCAUCAUCUCAGGAACCAAAGACAAAACGUUUAUCAGAUGCACAAUCAAUAAAUGCAAAGGUAGUCAAAAAAGUGGAUUAUGUCUCUAUGUCGCUUUCGACUGUAAAAAAGAACGAAACAGAUGAAGAUGUAGAGGCAGAGCAACCACAACGAUUUGCUAAUGAGCCGAUUCAAGUAGAAAGAUUGGAAAAAAAAUCGGAUUUAUCGGUUAAAUCGCAUACAGAUAAUCCACUUUUGACAAAACAAACCGAUAUAGUUGCUGAUUUUGAUCAAACAUUGUCUAUACUCAGUGACGGCUCCUUUUCCUUUUCAUUUAAUGGACCUUUACCAGAUUCAGCAUCAAAUACCGAGGAAAAGCUUAGCGAGAAAACUUCUACAAUUGUGCAAGAUAGUAGCAUAGUUGCAAGCUCACGUAUAGUCUCACCACCCCCGGGCGUUGGAUUUAUUAGAGCAGACAUUUCAAACCUUUCAAACACUACUGAAUUUAAUCAACCAUCACCUACCCCUUAUACUGGCUCGUUCAACCCAUUUGCACCUGAUGAUGACAAAUUCGAUCCUUUCUCUAGCGAAAGCCCAUCUUUAGGCGUUCUUGGAAUAUCAUCUCUUGGUAAUAAUACUUCGGAUGCCUACGUAAAUGAUGCGAGGACACAUUCGCAGGCAUAUUCUAAUUCUACAAAAUCAAGAAAUUCUUCACGGUUCGGCUUUGCCCAAGAAGAUGGUGAAUUUACACACUUAAAUUCGGCAGACCCCUUGGCUAUGAAAGAUGUACAGGAUAGCUUCCGAGCACUAUUUCCAAACGUUAAUAUAAGCUUUGGACCAAGUGAUGUGCAUCAAGAAUCCAUGUGGAAUACAACAAAUGAUUCUACUUUUGCGCCGUUGCGUCGAAAUUUGAUGACAGCGCCUCCUGGUGUUCCAAUUUCUAAUGUGAACCAAGCCCAAAAUCUUCUUAAUAACACGUCUCCUGGUCUAGAUCAUCAUUUUCACCAAAACAUGUUAAUGCAGCAUCAUCAGCAGUUGAGCGGAAAUUCAGUUGUACCGCCGACUAUUAAGUCACCACCACCUGGAAUUUAUACUCAAUCUCCUCGAAUGGAUUAUGGCAUGACAGGUGGUUGGAAUCCACCAAGUACCUCUUGGAAUAUUGAAGAUGACUACUUAUCUCGGCAACCCCCGCAUCAACCUCCACAUCAACCGUCACAAAAUCAGUUUUUAUCUAAUCAUUCUAGAAAUGAAGCUCAAGAUUUUUUCGGUGCUUUUCUUAAGGCCGCCGCGGUUAAUUCAAAUUCUCACGAUGAAGUGUCCAAUGAAGCGGAGGCAUUACCUAAUAUUCUUCAAGAUCCUGCAAUUAUGUCUGUUCGGAUUUCUCAAGCGGACAAUGCAUAUCGGGCACCGGGUGCGCCAGUAAUGUCACAGCAGCAAUAUCAGCCAAUACAAAAUGUUGGGGGCCAUCGGUUAAGUGUAUUUGAACGGGUAACAAGAACAGGUGACGAACAGAUUGGUGGUGGGUUCGGUGUAGGAAUCGGAUUGGGUAAUAUGGAUGCAGGCAUAAAUGACGAUUCAAAAGAAAUACAAACAUCCACUCCUUCGGAACGAACUACUGAAAUUGAAAAGGAAACAGAUCAAUCUAUCAAUGCAGCCCUUAUCAAAAGUCCGGUGUUUCUUGACAAGAAUGUCGUACACAAAAAAACAAAUAACGAAAUUGGUUCAGUUAAUGCAAAUCGUUCUUUAAAACCUGCGCCAGUCAAAAUUUUAAGUACAAAGACGAAUGGCGGAAAUGAUUUACAAGUUAAGUCCGCUGCCAGCCCGUCGAGUCAAACUUACAAGAGAUCCCCUAAUGAAAACGUCACUCGAAAAUCAGAUUCGAAUAUAACACCAGAUUCAUCAAUUACCACGUCUGUUCAAAAGUGGAACCGAAGAAAUUCGAAAAGUUCAAAGAAACAACAAUCUAAUGUUGAUGGACAAUUGCUUUCCGCUAACGAUGCAAACAAUUCAAAGCAUAAAGAUGCAUUAGUUCAUAAAGGUGAUAGUAGCACUUCGGUUAAUGAUUCUGGUGAAACAAACGUAAAAUCUGAUAUUGAGCCAUCUAUUGUACCCAUGCCGAUUCUUUCAAAGAAAUCUAAAAAAAAGGAUAAGAAUUCGAGCGUUCAAGCCCAGUUAAUGGUAAAUGACCUUACAUUAAAGGACACUGAUUCAAUCGAGUAUGCACAUAGUUUGAACAUUGGGGAAUUUCAAAAUAUUUCAAAUGAAAGUAACAAUGAAAAAGACAACCUCGUCACUAAUAAUUCAAAAAGACAUAAUAAAAUGUCAACGGACUUUAAAUUCGAUUUUCCAACGUCCGUCUUCUCUCCUAGUACCUCAAAAGACACCAAUAAUGAAUCUAUUUCCACACAUUGUGUGUUAAAGAAUUCCUCUGAUCCAAAAUCACCCUCCGAUUCAACUUUUGAAUUUUCAUCCUCUAAUAUAUUUUCCAAGGAUUUCAACUUCAACACAUCAUCCAUUUUCAAUUUACCAACAUCAUUCUCAUCCAAUUCCCCCUUAUUUGGUUCUUCCGACAACAAUUCACCAGGUUCUCCAAUAAUGAACGGCGAUCCUAGUCCAUGGAAUAAUUCCACCCAGUCCUCAAAUUCCAAUAUCUCCAACGGAGUUAAAACCACCACAGUUUCUGUUGAAGACCUUGAACGACAGGUAGCAAAUGCUAGACGUGAAGCUGAGAUGCUUGAGCAUCGUUUAAGAGCAGUGAUUAAAAAAAAUACACAUCAUCUACAAGAUGCAUGGAAAUGA